AUGCCUGCCCCCGGCGCCCUCAUCCUCCUCGCGGCCGUCUCCGCCUCCGGCUGCCUGGCGUCCCCGGCCCACCCCGAUGGAUUCGCCCUGGGCCGGGCCCCUCUGGCUCCUCCCUACGCCGUGGUCCUCAUUUCCUGCUCCGGCUUGCUGGCCUUCAUCUUCCUCCUCCUCACCUGUCUGUGUUGCAAACGGGGUGAUGUCGGCUUCAAGGAGUUUGAGAACCCUGAAGGGGAGGACUGCUCCGGGGAGUACACUCCCCCGGCGGAGGAGACCUCCUCCUCACAGUCGCUGCCUGAUGUCUACAUUCUCCCGCUGGCUGAGGUCUCCCUGCCGAUGCCUGCGCCGCAGCCUUCACACUCAGUCGGCGCCUCCCUCCUCACUCCAUUGACCACUCUGCCUCGCCACCUGGCUCUCCACGCGUCCGUCUGUCCAUCUUUCCAUCCGUCCCUGCAUCCAUCGGACUCUGGGCCCGUGAUCCUGGGAGAGAUUUUCUCCGACUACACCCCAGCCCAGGUGGUGGUGAAGGAGCUCCGAGCCAGCGCGGGGCCCCUGGAGCAGCGCAAGUUCAUCUCGGAAGCACAGCCAUACAGGAGCCUGCAGCACCCCAACGUCCUCCAGUGCCUGGGCGUCUGUGUGGAGACACUGCCCUUUCUGCUGAUCAUGGAGUUCUGUCAACUGGGGGACCUGAAGCGUUACCUCCGGGCCCAGCGGCCCCCUGAGGGCCUGUCCCCUGAGCUGCCCCCACGGGACCUGCGGACACUGCAGAGGAUGGGCCUGGAGAUCGCCCGCGGGCUGGCACAUCUCCACUCCCACAACUACGUGCACAGCGACCUGGCCCUGCGCAACUGCCUACUGACCUCCGACCUCACCGUGCGCAUCGGAGACUACGGGCUAGCCCACAGCAACUACAAGGAGGACUACUACCUGACCCCCGAGCGCCUGUGGAUCCCGCUGCGCUGGGCGGCGCCCGAGCUCCUUGGGGAGCUGCACGGGACCUUCAUGGUGGUGGACCAGAGCCGCGAGAGCAACAUCUGGUCCCUGGGGGUGACCCUGUGGGAGCUCUUCGAGUUUGGGGCCCAGCCCUACCGCCACCUGUCAGACGAGGAGGUCCUCGCCUUCGUGGUCCGCCAGCAGCACGUCAAGCUGGCCCGGCCCAGGCUCAAGCUGCCCUAUGGGGACUACUGGUACGACAUCCUUCAGUCCUGCUGGCGGCCACCUGCCCAGCGCCCUUCGGCCUCUGACCUCCAACUGCAGCUCACUUACCUGCUCUCUGAGCGCCCCCCACGGCCCCCGCCCCCCCCACCCCCACCCCGAGACGGUCCCUUCCCUUGGCCCUGGCCCCCGCAGCACAGCGCGCCCCGCCCGGGGACCCUCUCCUCACCGUUCCCCCUUCUGGAUGGCUUCCCUGGGGCCGACCCCGACGACGUGCUCACGGUAACUGAGAGCAGCCGUGGCCUCAACCUUGAGUGCCUGUGGGAGAAGGCGCGGCGGGGGGCCGGCCGGGGAGGGGGGGCGCCGCCCUGGCAGCCGGCGUCCGCGCCCCCAGCGCCCCAUGCCAACCCCUCCAACCCUUUCUAUGAGGCGCUGUCCACGCCCAGCGUGCUGCCCGUCAUCAGCGCCCGCAGCCCCUCUGUGAGCAGCGAAUACUACAUUCGCCUGGAGGAGCACGGCUCCCCCCCAGAGCCCCUCUUCCCCAAUGACUGGGACCCCCUGGACCCAGGAGUGCCUGCCCCCCAGGCCUCCCAGGCCCCUUCCGAGGUCCCCCAGCUGGUGUCCGAGACCUGGGCGUCCCCCCUCUUCCCUGCAGCUCGGCCCUUCCCGGCCCAGUCCUCAGCAUCAGGCAGCUUCCUCCUGAGUGGCUGGGACCCCGAGGGCCGAGGCGCCGGGGAGACCCUGGCGGGAGACCCUGCCGAGGUGCUGGGGGAGCGGGGUACCGCCCCAUGGGCAGAAGAGGAGGAGGAGGAGGAGGAGGGCAGCUCCCCGGGGGAGGACAGCAGCAGCCUUGGGGGUGGCCCCAGCCGCCGGGGUCCCCUACCCUGUCCCCUGUGCAGCCGGGAGGGGGCCUGCUCCUGCCUGCCUCUGGAGCGGGGGGAUGCCGUUGCGGGCUGGGGGGGCCACCCCGCUCUUGGCUGCCCCCAUCCCCCAGAGGACGACUCUUCCCUGCGGGCAGAGCGGGGCUCCCUAGCCGACUUGCCCCUGGCCCCCCCCGCCUCGGCCCCCCCCGAGUUUCUGGACCCCCUCAUGGGGGCGGCGGCGCCCCAGUACCCCGGGCGGGGGCCACCUCCCGCUCCCCCCCCCCCGCCGCCACCUCCCCGGGCCCCCGCGGACCCGGCCGUGUCCCCCGACCCUCCCUCGGCCGUGGCCAGUCCCGGCUCAGGCCUGUCGUCUCCGGGCCCCAAGCCGGGGGACAGCGGCUACGAGACCGAGACCCCUUUUUCCCCCGAGGGAGCCUUCCCAGGCGGGGGGGCAGCCGAGGAGGAAGGGGUCCCUCGACCGCGGGCUCCCCCCGAGCCCCCCGACCCGGGAGCGCCCCGGCCACCCCCAGACCCGGGUCCCCUCCCGCUGCCGGGGACCCGGGAGAAGCCGACCUUCGUAGUUCAAGUGAGCACCGAGCAGCUGCUGAUGUCCCUGCGGGAGGACGUGACAAGGAACCUCCUGGGGGAGAAGGGGGCAAACCCCCGCGAGACGGGACCCAGGAAGGUGGGGAGAGGUCCCGGGAACAGAGAGAAAGCCCCGGGCCCGAGCAGGGACCCCACAGCCCUGGGCAGCGGGAAGAAAGCCCCAAGCCCGACCGAGGACCCGAGCCUCCCCGUGAACGGGGUGACAGUGUCGGAGAACGGGGGACAGAGAGCCCCAGGCAUCGAGGAGAAGGUGGCGGAGAACGGGGCCCCAGGGACCCCCGAGAGAGAAGAGAAAGCGCUGGAGAAGGUGCUGGAGAAUGGGGAGGUGACACCACCAAGGAGGGAGGAGAAAGUACUGGAGAAUGGGGAGCUGAGGUCCCCCGAGAGAGAAGAGAAAGUGCUGGCGAAUGGGGGCCUGACACCCCCAAAGAUCGAGGAGAAGGUGUCAGAGAAUGGGGGCCCGAGACUGCCCAGGAACACGGAGAGGCUGCCGGAGACUGGGCCUCGGAGAGCCCCAGGGCCCUGGGAGAAGGGGCCCGAGAGUGGGGUGUCAGCCCCAGAGACCUCGCUGGAGAGAGCCCCCGAGCCCGGCGCGGUGGCCUUGUCCCGGAACGGCGGGGCGACAGCCCCUGGCCCCACUGGCCCAGCCCCCAGGAGCGGGGUGCUGGAACCCGGGACCGAGAGGAGAGCCCCCGAGACUGGGGGGGCACCGAGAGCCCCCGGGGUUGGGAGGCUGGACCUCGGGAGUGGGGGCCGAGCCCCAGUGGGCAUGGGGACGGCCCCCGGCGGCGGCCUCGGAAGCGGCGCGGACGCAAAGGCCGGAUGGGUAGACAGCACGAGGCCACCGCCGCCACCGCCGGAAGCACAGCCGAGGAGGCCGGAGCCAGCGCCCCAGAGAGCCAGGCCGGAGGUGGCCUCCGAGGGAGAGCCCGGGGUCCCAGACAGCAGGGCCGGCGGAGACACAGCACCCAGCACAGACGGGGACCCCCCCAAACCCGAGAGGAAGGGCCCCGAGAUGCCACGACUGUUCUUGGACUUGGGACCUCCUCAGGGGAACAGCGAGCAGAUCAAAGCCAAGCUCUCGCGGCUCUCUCUGGCGCUGCCGCCGCUCACGCUCACGCCGUUCCCGGGGCCGGGCCCGCGGCGACCCCCGUGGGAGGGCGCGGACGCCGGGGCGGCUGGCGGGGAGGCCGGCGGGGCGGGGGCGCCGGGGCCGGCGGAGGAGGACGGGGAGGACGAGGACGAGGAGGAGGACGAGGACGAGGAGGCGGCGGCGGCGGGCGCGGCGGCGGGGCCGCGGGGCCCCGGGAGGGCGCGGGCAGCCCCGGUGCCCGUCGUGGUGAGCAGCGCCGACGCGGACGCGGCCCGCCCGUUGCGGGGGCUGCUCAAGUCUCCGCGCGGGGCCGACGAGCCCGAGGACAGCGAACUGGAGAGGAAGCGCAAGAUGGUCUCCUUCCACGGGGACGUGACCGUCUACCUCUUCGACCAGGAGACGCCAACCAACGAGCUGAGCGUCCAGGGCCCCCCCGAGGGGGACACGGACCCGUCAACGCCCCCAGCGCCCCCGACGCCUCCCCACCCCGCCACCCCCGGAGAUGGGUUUCCCAGCAACGACAGCGGCUUUGGAGGCAGUUUCGAAUGGGCGGAGGAUUUCCCCCUCCUCCCCCCGCCAGGCCCCCCCCUGUGCUUCUCCCGCUUCUCCGUCUCGCCUGCGCUGGAGACCCCGGGGCCCCCCGCCCGGGCCCCCGACGCCCGGCCCGCAGGCCCCGUGGAGAACUGACUCCCCGAAGGCCCCACCCCCCCGCACCCCCGGAAGAGGGGCUGAGGGUAGAAUCCUCUGUGGACGACGGAGCCACUGCUACCGCCGCAGACGCCGCCUCCGGGGAGGCUCCUGAGGCUGGGCCCUCCCCCUCCCCCACCACGUG